CAGAAACAGACUCCCUCUCAGAUCUCAUCUGUCCGAAGACCAGGUCCCGUGCCGGCGUGGUCCCGAGCUGGCUUUAUUCCCGAAAAUCAUACGCAAGAACUGCUACAGUGCAAGAUUUUAGUUAUGAUGGCAGCAGCACAGGGACCAGAAACCUUGAUUGACCUCUUCCACGAGACACACUCAACCGCCCUCUUGCAGGGCUUGCAGGAACUGCGAUCUGAAAACCUGCUGGUAGAUGUCGUCCUUUGUGUCUCCGGAAAAGAGAUACCGUGCCACAGAAAUGUACUCGCUGCUUGCAGUGGAUAUUUUCGUGCAAUGUUCUGCAACGGACAUCGGGAGAGCAGGGAGCAUAAAGUCGCCAUUCACCAAGCAAGUGCCAGUGCCUUGCAGCUUCUUGUUGACUAUGCCUACACAUCAAGGGUGACCAUCAAAGAAGACAACGCUGUAGACCUGAUGGAAGCUGCCAGCUUCUUCCAGAUUCCACCAGUCAGCGAUGCAUGCACAAAGUUCCUAUCAGACAAUCUUAGUGUCAACAACUGUCUUGAGAUGGUCAAGGUAGGUGGUAUGCUGAACCCCACCCUGGAGGCCAAGGCAUUGUCCUGUGCCAUGAAAGAGUUUACAGCAGUCAACAAUACACCAGAGUUUCUUGAUUUGACAAAAGACCAGCUCAUCAAACUUGUUUCAUCAGAUGACCUGAAUGCUCCUGAAGAAACUGUGUACACAGCUGUGAUGAAAUGGAUCAAUCAUGACACCAGGAACAGGAAGAAGGAGAUGAAAAAGCUGAUGGAACUAAUCCGGUUCCCCUUCAUGGACAAGAUGUACUUCAUCGAAAAGGUGGAAACUGACAAUAACUUGCGCAAGUGCUGCCCUGAUCUUGUGUCAGAAGCUUUGAAGUAUCAAUCGUUCCCAGGGGAGGUCCAGUCACCUCGCACCCGUCCCCGCCGUGCCAGUGGUCUGAGGGAGGCGGUAGUGAUCGUUGGGGGGACAGAGAAAUAUGGAAGAGGAGAGGACCCUUGGAAUAUCAGCGACUCCAUAAUGCUGACCCACUCCUCUGCACCAUCAAGCACAAGUUGGGUUACUAUGACGACAAUGAGGAAGGAGAAGGACCAUGGAUUCGCUGUGGCUGUUUUGGGCACAAGUGACAUCAUGGUGUCUGUUGGUGGAAGUCAGAGCAAGGAUGUGUGGCUGUAUCAGGCAAAACUUGACUCCUGGUCAAAACUGGCUCCGAUGAACACUGCGAGGGACUAUCACAAGCUAGCAGUGGUGCACGGUAAAGUGUACGCAAUUGGUGGCAGAAUCUACCACCCAACGUCACAUGUUUAUGAUGUAACACCAACUGUGGAAGUCUAUGACCAAAGCUUGAACAAGUGGACUGAAGGUGUUCCACUCCCACAGCCAAGGUACCUGAAUGCAGUUGCGGCAUUAGAUGGUAGCAUAUAUGUGAUGGGUGGAUGUGAUGCUGACUACAAAGUAACAUCUACUUCAUAUCGCUUCAGCCCAGGAGACACCCAGUGGCAUCCAGCAAAGGACAUGCCUGAGAGUGCUGAUUUGAUCAUGGCUACAGUUCUCAAUGGUAGCAUCUAUGUCGCUGGGCUUCCCUCAAGAGUUCUCUGUUACAGGCCUCAGGAGGAGUUGUGGACUGUUGUUGUGAACACUGGUACUGUACUCCGAAGACUUGGUAUGACUGUCUUUGGUGGGGAGAUUUACAUCUAUGGAGGCACUAACAAUGACAUAGAUGGAACAACAGAGGUUUUGUGGCUUGAUCGAGAAAGCAAGUCACUUAAGCAAGGCUUGCAGGAACUGCGAUCUGAAAACCUGCUGGUAGAUGUCGUCCUUUGUGUCUCCGGAAAAGAAAUCCCGUGCCACAGAAAUGUACUCGCUGCUUGCAGUGGUUACUUUCGCGCAAUGUUCUGCAACGGGCAUCUUGAGAGCAGGGAGGCCAAGGUUGACAUUCACGAAGCCAGUGCCAAUGUCUUGCAGCUUCUUGUUGACUACGCCUACACAUCAAGGAUCACCAUCACAGAGGACAAUGUUCAAGAACUGUUGAAAGGGGCCAACUUCUUUCAGUUUCAACGGCUCAGUGAUGCAUGUACACAGUUCCUGUCAGACAAUUUAAGUGUCAAAAACUGUCUUGAGAUGGUAAACCUAGGUGACAUGCUGAUGAAUCGCAAGUUAGAGUCCAGUGCAUUGUUGUAUGUGAUGAAAGAGUUUACAGCAGUCAACAAUACACCAGAAUUCCUUGAUUUGUCAAAAGACCAGCUCGUCAAACUUGUCUCAUCAGAUGACCUGAACGCUCCUGAGGAAACUUUGUACACAGCAGUAAUGAAAUGGAUCAACCACGACAGAAGGAAGAGGAGGAAGGAGAUGAAGGAGCUGAUGGAACUUAUCCGUUUCCCCUUCAUGGAAAAGAUGUACCUCAUGGAGAAGGUAGAAACCGACAAAACAUUGCGAAAGUUCUGCCCAGAUCUUGUGUCAGAAGCUCGGAAGUACCACGCAUUCCCAGGAGAGGUCCAGUCACCUCGCACCCGUCCCCGCCGUGCCAGUGGUCUGAGGGAGGCGGUAGUGAUCGUUGGAGGGACAGAGAAAGAAGGAAGAGGACAGGACCCUUGGAAUAUCAGCAACUCCAUCAUGAUGACCCACUCCUCUGCACCAUCAAGCACAAGUUGGGUUACUAUGACGACAAUGAAGAAUGAGAAUUACCAUGGAUUUGCUGUGGCUGUUUUGGGCACAAGUGACAUCAUGGUGUCUGUUGGUGCACGUGGCUUUGAUUGCAAGGAUGUGUGGCUAUAUCGGGCGAAUCUUGAUUCCUGGACCAAACUGGCUCCUAUGAACACAUCAAGAGACUAUCAGAAGCUAGCAGUGGUGCACGGUAAAGUGUAUGCAAUCGGUGGCAGAGGAAACAACUGCAGGCCAGUCAAAGAUGUGGAAGUCUAUGACCAAAGCCUGAACAAGUGGACCGAAGGUGUUUCACUCCCAGAGCCAAGGUACCUGCAUGCAGUUGCCGUGCUAGAUGGCGGCAUAUACGUGAUGGGUGGGCGUGGCGCUGACGACUAUUCAACAUUCACAAUGUACCGCUUCAGUCCAGGAGAUUCCCAGUGGCAUUCACCAAACGACAUGCACAUGCCUGAGAGGGCCGAUGGCAUCACUGCCACAGUUCUCAAUGGCAGCAUCUAUGUCGCUGGUCUUCCCUCAAAGGUUCUCCGAUAUACCCUAUAUAUGCCUAACCAGGGCUUUUGGACUGUUUUAGUCAACACUGGCACGGCAGCCAGAUGCGGUAUGACUGUCCUUGGCGGGCAGAUUUUCAUCUUUGGAGGCGACAAGAAGGAUGGAACCGCAGAAUCCAAGGUUCUGUGGCUUGAUCAAGAGGACAAGUCACUUAAGCACGUGGGGGCCAUGCCCAGGGGUCUGUUGGGCCAUGGUUGUGUCACUAUACUGAAGGGCCAGUGAAGAACAACAACGUGAAAGGAAGAUGAAAGCGAUAAUGGCACCCUAGCCCUGCAAACCACAUGUACAACUCGUGCUGUGAAAAAAAGGUGGCAUACAGAUAUGAGACGUGCUUCAUGUUGUUGGAUAGUACUACCAUGUGAUGUUACUCAGCUGUAUAACAUUAUGAAGAGAAAAGUCCAACGUGAG